AUGAAUAUAAACAUUUACGAGUAUGCCAGUUUAUUUUCUGCAUGUGAUAAAAAUAUACAACAAGCUAAACAUAAUGAAGGAGCAUAUAAAGGAAAUUGUGAACAUGAGGAACAGAAUAUUAAGGAAAAUAUUAAAUCCAAAUUCAAAGAGAAAUGUACACAAACCUUGUCAUAUCUUAAUGAGAUUCAACAAUUUAAACAUGGUUAUAACAACCUAGAGAAAGCUCUUUGCUUAUACUUGUAUUAUUGGCUAUAUGAUUCUAAAACAGAAGGAAUGAAUGGAAGAGAUAUUAAACAACUUUAUCAUGAAUUGAUCAGAGUAAAUAAAGAAGAGCAAGACCCUCAAUGCACUAAUUUCAUGGAUGUUUCAAUUACAGAUAAUGAAAUGUUAAAACUCAAAGAUAUACAUGAUAUGUACACAAACAUUGGUAAAAUAAAUGGUGAAAGAAGUAAAUCUGGGCAUAAUUGUGCUUGCGCCGAAAAGUGUGCCCAAACAUAUAACAAAUAUGUGGAAACAUGUAAUUAUAAUAAUAACACAUAUUUUUGUAAAGAAUUAUUAAAAAUAAAAGAACAAUAUGAUAAAGAAAUGGAAAGAAAAACUUGUCCAGAUGGGAUCCCCCAAAUAUUACCUUCCUUCCGAAGCUAUAGUAUGACAACCCUUACAUUAAUUCCAAUUUGCAUAACUUUAGCAAUUUCUUCAUUUCUAUUCUUCUUAUAUAAGGUUCAUAAUUAUGUUACACGUUUUACGCCAUAUACUUCAAGCUUUCGAUGUGCAGCUAUGAAGAAAAGAAAGCAAUAUAAUAAUAUACAUAAAGAAAUGAAUAUAUUGGAAUUAUCUGAAAACAGAGGUUGUGAUUUUAGAAACAAAAAUAUUUUAUAUAUAUAA